UCGAAUCAAACUCGAGCGAGAAAAAUGAUGAGCAUCCGAGAGUUCCUUGCAUAUCGCUUGCACGAAAGAAACACAGAGUUAUCUAUUAUAUUGCGUGCUAAAAAGUUAUUUCAACAAUUUGUUGUUGAUGGCUAUACUUUGAUUGAAUCGAGCAGGUUAAGGUAUAUUCGCAAUAAUCAAAGGCAAUUGAGAUGUGAAAUGUUUAAAGGACUGAAUGAUGCUUUAUUGCGUGGUGACACAAAUCCUGCCGCACAAGGGAAGCGCAUUAUACUCCCAUCUACGUUUAUAGGUGGGGCAAGGUAUAUGAUUCAAAACUAUCAAGAUGCAAUGGCCAUAUGUAGGUGGAUGGGAUAUCCAGAUUUAUUUAUAACUUUCACGUGCAAUUCAAAAUGGCCAGAAAUACAACGAUACCUUGAUAAGCGGGAUCUCAAACCAGAGGAUCGACCGGAUAUUAUUUGUCGAGUCUUUAAGAUGAAGUUAGAUGGUUUGAUCAAUGAUUUCCGUCGCAACAAGAUAUUUGGCACUGUUAAGGCAGUUAUAUACACCAUUGAGUUCCAGAAGCGUGGAUUGCCACAUGCCCACAUUUUGUUGUUUCUUGAGAGAAGUGAAGAUCUAGCAACAACGGAAUACAUUGAUAAGAUCAUUUCUGCUGAAAUUCCUAAUGAAGAGAUGGAUCCCGAGUAUUUUAAUGCUGUGAAAGACUUUAUGAUGCAUGGACCAUGCGGAAAUUUGAGAAAGAAAGCUCCUUGCAUGGUAGAUGAUAGAUGCUCGAAACAUUUCCCAAAAAGAUUUGUGGAUCACACCACUUUGGACGAAGAUGGAUAUCCCGUGUAUAGGAGAAGACAUGAUCAGAGAACCAUUUCAAAAAAUGGAGUGGAGUUAGAUAAUAGAUAUGUGGUGCCUCAUAAUAGAUAUUUAUUGCUCAAAUAUGCAGCACACAUAAAUGUGGAGUGGUGCAAUCAGUCUAGAUCUAUCAAAUACCUGUUCAAAUAUGUGAACAAAGGAAAUGAUAGAAUAACUGCAGCGUUCUACCAAAGUGCAAAUGGAGAAAAUGCUGAUGAUAAUGUGGAUGAAGUGAAAAUGUAUUAUGAUUGCAGAUACAUUUCAUCAUGUGAAGCUGCAUGGAGAACUUUGGGAUUUGAGAUUCAAUAUAGAAGUGUUGGUGUGGAGAGAUUAAGCUUUCACUUGCCUAAUGAACAAGUCGUUUAUUUUAACGACUUAGAGCCCAUAGAUGAAGUUCUUGAUAAGCCAAGUGUGAAAGAAAGUAUGUUUCUUGCUUGGUUCAAAGCAAAUGAGAUAUACCCUGAAGCAAGAAACUUGACUUAUGCUGAGAUGCCAUUUAGAUUUGUAUGGAAGCGAGCUACUAGAGAGUGGGUUCCGAGAAAGAGAGGUUUUGCUAUUGGAAGAUUAUUUUAUGUGCCACCAGCUUGCGGUGAAUUAUUCUAUCUUAGAUGUCUUCUGAAUGUUGUUCGUGGACCAACAUGUUUUGAAGAUAUAAAGAAGGUUGAUGGUGUCCAAUAUGACACAUUUCGUGAUGCUUGCUACGCUUUAGGUCUGCUAAACGAUGAUAAGGAAUAUAUAGAUGCAAUUAAAGAAGCAAGUUUCUGGGCAACAGCACAUUGUUUGCGAAAAUUGUUUGUAGCUUUGUUAAUUGCUGAUUGUUUAAGUAGACCAGAAGAUGUUUGGGAAAAGUGUUGGGUUUUUUUAUCCGAAGAUAUCCUACACAAGCAGCGAGUGAUGCUUAAUCAUCCAGAUCUUACAUUAUCGGAUGAAGAAUUGAAGAAUUGUGCUUUGUAUGAAAUUCAAAAGAUGUUACGCGGCACUGGAAAAACUUUUGUAUGGACGACUCUUUCUGCUGCUAUACGUUCCAGAGGAGAGAUAGUAUUGAAUGUUGCAUCGAGUGGAAUCGCGUCGCUAUUGCUCCCAGGAGGUCGAACUGCCCAUUCUCGGUUUAAGAUUCCAAUCCAUCCCAAUGAAGAUUCUACGUGCAAUAUAAAACAAGGUAGUGCUCUUGCUGAACUUCUGGUCAAAUGUAAGCUUAUAGUUUGGGAUGAAGCUCCAAUGGUGCAUAAACAUUGCUUUGAAGCUUUAGACCGAACUCUACGUGAUAUUUUGCGGUUUCAAAACCCAAGAAGUCUUGAAAUACCCUUUGGUGGAAAGACAAUAGUGUUUGGUGGAGAUUUCAGACAAAUCCUACCUGUCAUACCUAAGGGAACCAGACAAGAUAUUGUGAAUGCAUCUAUAAAUUCUUCCUAUUUGUGGCAGCAUACACAUGUCAUGUGUUUAACUAAAAAUUUGAGACUUCUUCAUUUGCCAGCUAACGAUCAAACAGAAUAUUUGGUAAAGUUUUCCGAAUGGAUUGCAAGCAUUGGUGAUGGCACCAUUGGAGGACCAAAUGAUGGUUUUGUGGAGAUUGAGAUUCCAGAUGAAUUUUUAUUAAAAGAUUUUGACGAUCCUAUAGCAAAAAUGGUUGAUUGUAUUUAUCCUUCCUUUGAUUCCGUUCAUGAAGAUCCCAACUAUUUAAAAAAUAGAGCAAUAUUGGCCCCCACCCUCCAAGUUGUUGACAGCAUCAAUGAUUACAUGCUUUCCUUAAAUGGUUCUGAGAUGAAAACCUACCUUAGUUCUGACAGCCCGUGUAAAUCAGAUUCAAAUCCUGACUUUUUAGCCAACAUCCAUACUCCAGAAUUUUUGAAUGGUAUUAAGGCUUCAGGAGUUCCAAAUCAUGAACUGCAUCUUAAAGUUGGAACACCGGUGAUGCUAAUGCGGAACCUUGAUCAUUCUCAAGGGUUGUGUAAUGGGACCAGGAUGGUUAUUACCAGAUUAGGUAAGCAUAUUUUGGAAGCAAAAGUUUUGACAGGAUUGAGUGCAGGUGAGAAGGUUUUGAUACCGAGAAUGUCUUUGACUCCAUCUGAUGUGAGAUUGCCUUUCAAGUUUGAAAGAAGACAAUUUCCUUUGAUCGUCUCAUAUGCCAUGACGAUAAAUAAGAGUCAAGGACAAUCAUUGUCCAAUGUUGGAUUAGUCUUAAAAAAACCUGUUUUUAGUCAUGGUCAGUUAUACGUUGCGCUUUCACGUGUCACUAAUCCCACUGGUUUGAAAAUAGCUAUAUGUGACACAGAUGGG